AUGAGUAUGUGGUUAGUUAUUGCUUGUUUUGUACUGCCAGCAGCCGUAUUUUCAUUGUGUGGCUUCAUGGCAUGGUUAAGGAUGUGGCAUUUGAGUCGACGGUAAGUUAAUGCAAACAACUUUAUAAUAAAAUUAUAAAACUAUACAUGAGGAAUGGGCCAAGCCUUGAUUUUAUUUUGGCACGAUUGAGGAGGGGGAAUUUCCGCGGGGACGUUUUUUUUCGAAAAUUGCGAGAUUCCCAGCCUGCGGGGAUGAAAAAAUCCCCCUCCCGCUGAGAACACUAGUUUAAAUAAUUCUGUGCCCUUUAACUCCAAACAAAUGCUUAGAAAGAGGGCACAAAACCAUUUGAACAACCUAUACUAGUUCCACUAUACUAUUUUUUUAAUUUUCAUUUUUAGACGAGAGAAAAAGGUGUUUCAACAGUUGGAAGAGCAUGUUCGGCAACGGUAUGAGUAAGUUUUUACUUUUUAAAAAUUAUUUUAGGCUUGUAUACUUCAAGUUUUUCUUAUUAUUUAUAUUUUUAAGCUUACAGCAUGGUCAGCCAAUGUACGUAUAACAGGUACUAAAUGCUGGUCUAAACUUAUAACUCUGUCAAUGCUCAAUCUGAUCUUUUUAGUGUAAAACCAGUAAGAACAACUAACUAGUUUGGAGUUUUUGUUAUAACUGUAGAUUGAGUUAAUGAAUUUUGAAUAACAAUUUUUACAAAAAAGUAAAAUAUUUACCCUACUCUAUUUUAGGUUUGACCUUAUACUUGUUCUACCCUAUAAUUUACCAUAUUGUUUAAACUGCUUUAUCCUAACUUGCCCUAGCGUAACUCUAGCUUUUAACUAACUUUGCCUUACAAUUAUUAGUUCGGUUUUAAUCUAUUUAGCCGUUACAAUAGUCUUAUUUAGCCGAACGCUAGCUUUAAUUUAGUUUGUUGUUUUUUAUGUUUUAGCUCUAUCCUGGCCUUAGAAGUAACCUUGGUUUUGGCGGUUUGCUCUUACUAGUGUAAAUUUUAUUGUAUAUAUAUUUCGAUGUUUUUUAAAUUUCUUGCUUUUAGAGCUUGUAGGAACGGUCGAUUAUCAACGAAUGGAAUGUUGCGGACAGGUUCAACACAGGUUGAAGAGCCGUUGAAACUUGAAAAACAUGUCUUGUUUGUCUAA